CUGACUCAGAGCAGGUAUAGGCCUACCUCGAAAAUGGCUUGUAGAUUCUCCGUACUCGUCUUAUUGUGUGUAGUCACCUCUGUCCUGACCCUCGAGAAGGGAACAUUUCUAGACAUGUCCUACGGUUAUGACGAAAACACUCUGGCCUACCCCAGCGUAGGGUUCUUCCAGCUUAGCAUCGGAGAACGGGGUCCAACUGACAAUUUUCCAUGGUUGGAAUAUAACUACAUGUCUUUGCCGGAACACAUCGGGACCCACAUCGAUGCCCCGGCACACUUUGCAAAAGGCCGCAUGCGCGUUGAUGACAUACCAAUCGGUAGGCUGAUAUGCGCGGCCGUCCGAGUUGACAUCUCAGAGAAAGCUAAAAUAGACAGAGAUUACGGAAUGACAGUCCAGGAUCUGCAAGACUGGGAGGAGAUCCACGGCAAGAUUCCAGACGAAUCUUUGCUCUUCGUCUACACUGGUUGGGGUGCUUUCUACCCGGAUCGUCUAGCCUACCAAGGAACGACGCGUAACGACACCUAUCUUGAUGAGCAAGGGGAGUCAUUGGUUCACUCCCCGGGAGUUGGACCAGAAGCAGGCACGUGGUUGGUGCAAAAUCGUAAUAUAGUUGGUCUUGGGAUUGAUGGGCCAAACCUGGACUGCGGGCAGAAUGAAGAGUUCAUGACCCAUCGGGUCUUAAUGGAAGCCGACAUCUACGGAAUCGAGAACGUGGCUAACCUGGACCAACUGCCAAACACAGGGGCUAAGGUGUAUGCACUCCCAAUGAAAAUUGUAGAUGGGAGUGGAGCACCUGUACGUAUCAUCGCCAUGUUAGAUGGGGAUAGUUCCUCGGGUACAGCAAUGCUUUGGGCCACAUUCUCUGUUUGUGGAGUUUUUCUUGUAAUCAGUUUAAUGUUUCAAUAGAUGAAUGGCGUUUGUCUGAACCAUCCUCGUCUCAUUUGCAUGCUCCCCAUCUCUGUCUUGUUUUGAAUGGUUAUACAGUGAAACGCCGCUAUAACGAACAUCGUUGGAUCCACAGAAAGUGGUCGUAAUAACAAUCGUUCGGUAUAGCGAUUUUGAACCGCCUGUACCCUCUUUUGACCAAUAGUGAACUGGCAUUUCUCACAUCCCGUGGCCGCAUGAGGAGUUGUCACGAAACUUAAGCAAUAGUUUUCCCUUUUAUUCCUUUGGUAAAUAAUAGCCAUAUGUCGCUCUUCAACAUUCGAACACGAUGUAACUAUGGGUCGUUUGAUGUUCGGGAAUUAAAAGUGGCCCAAACAGUGUUUA